UGGAGUGAUAGUAGCAGUAGCUACUGUAGUCUUGAUGGUGGUGAUAGUGCCACAGCCUGCUGCUCCUCUUGGUGUCAUCUGGCCCCAGACUACCAUAGGGAUACCAAAGCAGGAGGAAGUGGAUGUGGUGCAUUUCCUGAGCGAGUUGGCUGGGGGGCGUCUCGCUGUCUGCCACACAAUUAUUCUCACAAAUGUUGCUGCUUCUCUUCAUUUGCACAACAUUCUUCUUGGUUUGCAGCAAACCAUGACCAACACCUUCUUCAUCUAUGAUGUGGAGACCUACCUCAGGAGUUCUCUCCCCAGUGUGCCCCUCCUGCGGCAUCGCCCCCCAAAGUCUGAUGGCACCUACUGCGUCGCCUACUACAUCUUCUCCUCCCUUUCCCUCCUUGCCACUGCCUUAUCUGCCAUUCCUAAGACAGACUGGUUCCGUGGUGCUACAAGGUACUUUGUCUACUACACCAACAGCGAUGGCAAGAACCUAGACAUCAGAACCCUAGAGGAAGAACCCUCCCUCUUGUUUUCCUACAACACUAUCUACAUCACCCACAACCCUCAACACAAUCCCAAGGACCCCAGGUCAUGGCCACUCAACCUACUCUCCAAUUGUCCAUUCUGCCGUUCUGGAGAGCCAGAAGUCAUCCUGCGGACCCGAUGGAGCCCUUCCCGUGGUUUCCAGACGGAAUCUGACAUCUUUCCUGAUCUCUUCCAUGACUGUAAUGGUCAUAUAUUUAGGGCUGUUACGAUGAAUUUCCCACCCUUCAUUCUCUACUCCUCUGGUAACUCAACACACCCACUGAAGAUGGAGGACUGUCUUGAUAAGAGGAUCAUAGACAUCAUUGCACAAGUUCACAACUUCACCUAUGAGGUGUACGAGCCCGUUGACAGGCGAUGGGGGUACCGGCUGGACAAUGGCACUUUCUUGGGAGUGUUGGGCGAAGUACAGAACUACCUCAAGGACUUCACACUUGAUGUCUCCAUGACUCCUGAACGGGCAGAGGUGAUCGACUACACUGUUGGCUACCACUUAGAACCUCUGACCUUUGUCACCAGUAAGCCUCAACCGCUGCCACAAUGGUUGGCUCUGGUGCGUCCCUACCAGUCGUAUGUGUGGCUCUCCUUCUUGCUAAUGCUGACUGCUUCAGGACCCACCUAUUGGCUCCUGCAGAAGCUCUCAGGCAGCUCCCAGUCACUACCAGGGGCCUUAUUCCUCAUGUAUGCUACCAUGUUCACACAAGCACGAUCAUGGCCUCCCAGUUUUGCAGUGCGGGUAUAUGCUGCCUUCUGGCUGCUCUUCUGCUUGGUGGCGACAGUGUCUUAUGUGAGCAACCUGACAGCCUUCUUAACUGUGCCAGCACUCUCCUCAACUGUAGAUGGCCUGGAGGAGCUUAUAGACUCUAAUUUUGUGUGGGGCAUCAAUAACUACAGUGCCUCAGACUACAUGCUCUUUAAGUCCAGUAAGGCCCCCCUCUACCAAGAGAUCUUCCAGGGGCUAACAUUUUGCCCAUCACUUGUGGAGUGUGUGCAGCGGGUACUGGAUGAACGCUUUGCCUUCAUCUCCUUCCAGACUUACCUCAGGGAUGCCAUUGCCACACAUUUCAUUGACAAAAAUGGAGACACACAAGUGUACCUGGCCAAAGAGAGAUUCUUUCAAACAGACACUGCUUAUGCUAUGCAGAAGGGAUCACCAAUAAAAGCAAGUUAAGAGUUAAUUGAUUUAAUACUCAACAGAAUCAUUAUCCAAAUUAAAUUACGUAGAUAGGGCUUUUUCCAUGUUCUGAGCCACUGACCUACCCUAACACAUCCUAACCGAACUUACCCUAACCUAACUUACCCUAACCUAACUUACCCUAACCUA